CUCGAGCCGGCAAAAGACUCAUCUACAGAGCGCGACAACGGCACGGACGACUGCCUUCCGUCUUUGACUCCAAGUGCGAAGCGGAGAGCCUCUACUCACUUUUUGGAUUGGCUCGAAGGUGCCGAGCAGGAGAUGGCGGCGAUAGGAUCCCUUGUCUUCUGCACCGACUGCGGAAACCUGCUCGACAGCGCGCACGGCGACGACACUGUGGAGCUGGUUUGCGACGUUUGUGGCUGCAAGUGCAAAGGUACGUCGAUAAACCACCGAAGCUGAGACCAAGUCAGCGUGUUUGUGGGAGCCGGGUAAUGUUGUAGGUGCGCUUUGUUGUCGUCGGCGGUGCCGAGGAAGACAUUGUGCAGGAGACCAGCACUGUGUCCGCAGCCAUGCAGAGGAUGACGGCUAUCCAAGUGCUCUUCGUAGCCCGCAAACCGGAAUCUUCUUCACCCUUUCCUCCUGCACCUGAGAUGGUCCUCCCCUCGCCGUCUCUUUGCACCUGGUGUGACGUCGUCCUUGGUCAACUCCGUCUUAACCCGUUUGUCGCAGACACCUCGGCCAAGACGAUCGUGACAGUCUCGAAGCCGACCUCUUUCCCCUCGAAGCUGCGCGACAAGCUGUCCGGAGACGUUCAAGCCGUCGGUGAAUCUUCCAAGGAUAACGAGCAAGAAGCCAGCGAGCCGUGCGAGAAAUGUGGCGCCUACGAGGUCAGGUUCCACACUCUUCAAAUCAGAAGCGCAGACGAAGGUAGCACGGUAUUCUACACGUGCCACAAGUGCGGCCACAAAUGGAACACGAACAAUUGAUCUACCAACGACGCCUUUUGGACAUGCACGCUCCUCUAACUUUUAUAUCGUUAUCUUCAUGCCGAUGCCUCGAUCUGCUUCGCUGAUUCCGGAACCAAUGCGUAUUCAGUCUCGCCGCUACGCUCAUACUCGGCCAUGUCCAGAGCCACAAUGACGCUCUCCCUCACCACUUGCUCAGCGUCGUUCAGGAACUGUUUCAACACCUCCUCCACGCCUUCCUCCUCACCCAGGCUACCUAAAGCUUCCGCAGCCUCGUGCCGAACCAUACUUGCUUCCUCUUUGUUGCUUAGCGUGGCGACAAGACUGGGUAUCGACGCUGGAUGUGACAGCUGUCCAAAGACGAAUGCAAUUUCGUGGCGGAAAAGCGCCGAUGGGUCGGUGAAGCCUUUGGCGAGGGCUUGUAUGGCCGGUAUGGCUGUGGGAAGAUCCGGAGGAGAGGAGAGGUCGCGCAGCGCAAACAUAGCGCGGUACCGCUGGAACAAGGGCAGCUUGGUGUCGAGAAGCGUCUUUUCCAGCUCUGGAAUGGACGGCCGUUCCGCAUCCUGUGGCAAAGGAGGUGCCGGAUCUAUAGAAGCGAAGUCACUGCGGUAUAUUAGACUUCUUCCAACAUUUUUAGCAAUAAACAAGUGGCCGUCCUCUUG